AUGUCAUAUACUUUAACUGCAUUACCAACGGAUGCCCAAGACGCGCUAUUACCUGACUUGCCAAACGAAAUUUGGAUAAAAAUUUUCACCUAUUUAACCCACGGAGAUCUACAGCAAGUCAAACUGGUCUGCAAGCACUGGUGUGAUUUAUGCCGUGUACCUGAGUUGAAACGCAAAUCGAAAUUGGUGAUUACUGCUGACAAUUUGAAAGAUUUGUCCCAAGUCCUCAAGAGGAAUCCGGAAAUUUGUAAAUGUCUACAAUACGAAUGUUUAGAGUUGCAUGGCGUAAAAGUGGAAAAGGAUUUGUUAACAGCUUUUGAGUACUUGGGUUAUUACAUACGACAACUGAAACUGCAUGAAUCUCCGGUAUUUUGUGUACUUAACGAUUAUUUACCGGAACUAGAAGAGUUGAUUUUAACUCGUAUACCAAGCAUACAAAGCUAUGUCAAUAAUUUCUCGGUGGAUUUGUAUAAAUUUCCGAAAUUCAAAUCCUUGCAUAUGUCGUGCGCUGGUGUUACUUAUUAUAUAAAAAUUCAAUUACUUCGGAAUUUAAUAUACGAUCAAUGUGAGCAUUUGGAACGAUUGAGUCUCGAAUUUGAUAGAAGUCAAGAGGAUUUAAUUUUAUAUACGUUGGAAUUACACGCUGAUUCAUUACGUCAAUUGGGUAUCGGAAAUCAUUGGAAUUCGAAGCCGUCAACUUUAAUAAAAUGGCAGCGAACUUUUGAAAAGUUUACUAAACUUGAAGUAUUGAAGAUAACCGGUAAUUGUAGUUAUAAUUGGUUAAAAAUCAUUUUGGAAAGUCUCGGUGCAGAAAAUCGUUUGCGAGCAAUAGAUUUGAGCGGCAGUUUAGAAUUAAGUGACGAUUUAUUAAAAUUAAUUGUACGAAAAUGGUCAAAUUCUGUCGAAUCAUUGGACUUGAUGUUUUGCCAAUGCAUAACGGACGAUGGUUUAAAGCAACUGGGUGCGAUAAAAAACAAAUUACAUCAUUUGAAUUUGGCCAAGUGCCGUUUGACAGCUGAAGGUCUCUUGCAAGGUAUAGUUGAGAACACUAAUUACGCUUUACGUAGCUUAAAUUUAAGUCAUAUUACGAAUAUGGCGGAGGGAUGUAUAUGUUUAUUAGCUCAAAGAUUAUGUAAUUUAACUACACUUAAUUUGGAAAACUGCUAUGAAGCUGUAACCGAUUCAUCUUUGUAUUAUAUUUUUCGUUAUCUGAGACGUUUGAGACAUCUUAUUUUAGACGAUUGCAUACACGUUACUGACGAAGGGCUCAUUGGCGCGGAUCCCUCAAAGCCUGCCAUAAGCAAUUUAAAGGGACUUCAGACACUUAGUUUAUGUGGUUGUUGCAACCUAUCUAAUAGAUCACUUAGCGAAGCGUUGAAUUUCCAAGAAUUGCGCAAACUUGAAUUAAGUUACUGUCAUAAUAUAUCGUCAAGCGCUAUCGAAGGUCUUGUCCAACAUUGUCCCGCCCUCGAAGAUCUGACGAUUUCGAGUUGCUUUUUGCUCGCCGAUAAUUCUGUUCUGCAAAUAGUUGCAGGCUUACCUCGUUUACGAAAAUUGAAUGUUCGAAAUUGUAUCAACUAUAACGCACAUUCCAUACACUACGAAAUGACUUAUACAUACAAAAAAUUGCAAGAAUUGACCAUGAAAGGUGCAAAUGCGUUGGAAGUGUAA